AUGGAUAAAAGCAAAGAAAAAGAAGAACAAAGUAUCAUGGAUAAAUCCAUGAGAUCUGUUUUUGUGGGUAAUAUACCUUAUGAAGCUACAGAGGAGAAACUCAAAGAUAUAUUUAGUGAAGUGGGGCCUGUGCUUUCUUUUAAAUUAGUUUUUGACCGAGAAACUGGAAAACCAAAAGGUUAUGGCUUUUGCGAAUAUAAAGAUCAGGAGACCGCUCUCAGUGCCAUGAGAAAUCUAAACGGAUAUGAAAUAGGUGGUCGAUCACUCAGAGUUGAUAAUGCUUGUACAGAAAAGUCAAGAAUGGAAAUGCAAGCAUUGAUGCAAGGUCCACAGGUUGAAAACCCCUAUGGUGAUCCAGUGGAACCAGAAAAAGCACCUGAAGCUAUUAGUAAAGCUGUGGCUACUUUACCUCCAGAACAAAUGUUUGAACUUAUGAAACAAAUGAAGCUUUGUGUUCAGAACAACCCAUCUGAAGCGAGAAACAUGCUUCUCCAAAAUCCUCAAUUAGCUUAUGCUCUACUCCAAGCUCAAGUAAUAAUGAGAAUUGUUGAUCCUGCUACUGCUGUUAGUAUGCUUCAUCCCAGCAAUCCAGUGCCACCAGUUCUGCAGCCCGGUGAUAAACCUCCACUAGCAAAUAAUUAUACACCUACAAACCAGCAGCAAGGUCCACCACCACUGCUAAGCAACCCUGUUCCACCACCCAAUCAAUAUGUCCCGCGGCCGGCGAUGGCGGACGUUGAUCUGCGCAGCGCGCGCGCGCCCGUGCCGCCGCCGCUGCUGGACCAGGACAUGCGCAGCCUGCCGCCCGCGCCGCACCCCGUGCCCCCGCCCGCCGCACAGGACGGUAUCUUCCCGCGAGAUCCUCGCCUUGCGAACGCUCAAGGGUUCAACUCGGACCCCCGAGUUCGUCCGAACGAUCCGCGUACUCAAGCCAAGAUACCACAGCAACAAAUGCCACCUGGAAUGCCAAGCGUCGCCCAGGCUAGAACAAUACAAGGGAUACCUUCUGGUGCUUCAGAUCAAGAGAAAGCCGCCUUGAUAAUGCAAGUAUUGCAGUUAUCAGAUGAACAGAUAGCUCUACUGCCGCCGGAACAACGCGCCAGUAUUCUCAUGCUGAAGGAACAGAUAGCCAAGAGUACCCAGCAACGUUAA